UUAUACCACACUUGGGUAAACCACAAAGAACGCAGUUGCAUGUUUUGUCGUUGACUCUCGCCAUGCUUGUGGAUGAAUAAAUAAAUGUGAGCUUCUUUUGCUCAAGCCCGGGUUACUCAUUUAUCGACAUCGAAAACCGCCUGGAUUUCUGCGCGGAAAAAAAGAAGAAGACGCAGACGUCACAGACCUCGCCUGCUGCUCACAAAUUGUUAUUGCAAACUAAUCAGAGCAUUGUUGGCGGAAUUGCACCGUCUGCCGCCGCGUGGACCGUGCGACGACGGGGUGGAUGGCAUGCUGGUGGUAGCUGGGAGACGAUUAUCGGCGUUUUAGUUUUAAACAGCGUGCCUUGGCGGAGAGGAAAGGAUUUGGUUUUAUUUAAGGUAGCAUGACAGGAUCCAGAGCGAAGCAGCUAGCUUGCUAACUUUAGCAUUAGCUAGCGUCAUGUUUUCUGAUGUAACAUUUUGUGGUGAUGAGUUACAAAAUGACGGCCUGUAUAGUUUAGUCUUAGCUUUUUCUUUCCCCCAGUCAACGCGACCAUGCUGGCUGAUAUUGAAUAUAUUUAUCCGUCUUGGUAAUCAUACGGGCCGAGGACAUUUAGUUUGGCUAGCUGUGCGAUGCUAGCUUGCUAACAACUAGCGUAGCUUAUGUACAUUCGGUUUGUACAUUAAAGCUAGCAUAUAUUUGGAGCCUUUGUAUUUUUUUAAACACUUAAUAGUUAAUGUUUAAAAAAUACGCACGAGCUGCUCGCUGUUGUUUUGUAAAAAAAAUUGACGCAUCGUAGCAUUUAUUCAAAGACGACAACACGACAGCACCAGUUCAUCAUGUAUGUUGCCAUUCAAAUAUCGAGUUGCGUUGCGUUUUGCUUGCACAACUGUUGCAUAUGGCGAGCAGUAACGCCAUUAAACACGUUGGCGCUUUCACUACAGACACAUUGCACCGCCAUGUGCUAAGGAUCCCCACUUUUGAUUGUUUUCCAAGGUCCAGUGACAAUGAACGAGCAGGAGGCUGGUGUGGUCUCGUUUGACGAAUACGUGCGCCAGAAGGCCCGAACUGUACCCCAGCACAGGAUGAAGGAGUUCCUGGAGUCCCUCUCCAAGGGGGAGUUCAGUCAGCAGGGAGGGGGGACCACCACCACUACCACCACCACAGCUGCCAUGGUCUACCAGGAGCAGACCAACAACUGUGUCUACACUGAUAGCACAGAGGUGGCCGGCUCUCUCUUGGAGCUGGCUUGUCCAGUACAGCUGACGUCAGCAGAGAUUUCACCUCAACUUUCCAUGCAUUCAGAACCUGAACAGCAACUUCAAGUGCAGGUUCAGAUCCAGGGGCAGCCGGUCCUGCAGAUGGCCACGUCCGCUCAACAGGACAUGCAAGGAAUGUCAACUUCACAACUUGUGCCGCAGGAAGCGCUCACAGAGGAGCAGCAGCAGCAGAUUCAGGCACAGCUGGUUGCAGCUGUAAGCGGAGAGCAACAGAUUCAAUUGGCAAGUGGUCACCAAAUCCAGUUGCAAGGUACGCAGCAGAUUCAACUAGUGGACGGCCAGCAUAUUCAACUGGAGGCUGGCCAACAAAUUCAGCUGCCAGACGGACAGCAGAUUCAACUACAGGGUGGACAGCAGAUUCAGCUACCAGACGGACAGCAGAUUCAACUACAGGGUGGACAGCAGAUUCAGCUCCCAGAUGGACAGCAGAUUCAACUACAGGGUGGACAGCAGAUUCAGCUACCAGAAGGACAGCAGAUUCAACUGCAAGGCGGACAGCAGAUUCAACUGCAUGAUGGGCAGCAAAUUCAGCUACAGGGUGGCCAACACAUCCAGCUCCAGGGGGGGCAACAGAUUCAACUACAAGAUGGACGGCAGAUUCAACUCAUGGGGGGGCAGCACAUCCAGCUACAAGAUGGACAACAGAUACAAUUACCAGACGGACAACAGAUCCACAUCCAAACCAUUGAGGCCAUAUCUCCUUCACAGCAACAGAACUCUCCCAGGGAGGCAGAGAGGCGGCCCGGUACCGGCUCAUCUGUUCUUCCACCUGCCAAGAAGCGCAAGGUAGACACUCCCUUGACAGUGUCCUACGCCGUUCCUCAGGGGCAGCAAGUGGCCACAGUCAUCGCCAUCCCUCAAGGGCAGCAGCAGAACUACGUGUCCCUGCGGCCCGACUUGCUCACAGUUGACAGCACUCAGCUGUACAGUGCCACAGGGACAAUCACAGGCCCCGCAGGCGAGACGUGGACCAUUCCCGUAUACUCUACCGCUCAGCAGCAAGGAGUGACUCACAUCGCCAUACCGCAGGAGACGUACAACACGGUCCAACUUGCCGCCACCAACGGCAAGCCCAGCUCCUCGGCGAAGUGUGCAGAUGUCCAGUCUGUGUCGACUGGGACACCGGAAGAAAUAGUACAGACGCUGUUUCCAGCUCAGUUCAUGAAUGGGAAUAUUCACAUCCCAGUAGCUGUGCAGACUGUAGGAGGGACUUACAAUACAACACAGUCAGUGCACAUAUGGGACCCCAAUCAGCCACAGAGCCAAGAUGAUGGAAAUGAACAACAACUCCAUCUUCAGGAACAAGGAGAAACUGAGGGUAAUGCUGAACCAUCUGCAGAAAUUCUAGUUCCAGUCUCUCUGAAGCCAGAAGAGGGCCUGGAGGUGUGGCGCCUUUGGGUAAAGCGGAAAAAUGCCGAGCUAAGCCAGCAGGACAAGACAAAGCUUGCGCCCAUUGGACGUCGCCAGCCGCUGCGUUUUCAAGAGGACUUGAUUUCCAGCGCUGUAGCCGAGCUGAACCUCGGUCUUUCCCUGAUGACGCAAGAGGCCCGAGGAUCAGAGGAGGAACAAUUUGCUCCAGAUGUUCUUUAUUAUGUCUUCUUAUGUAUGCAAAAGUAUCUCUUUGAAAAUGGACGCGUGGAUGAUAUUUUCUCUGAUCCAUACUACACUCGAUUUGGUGAGAGUUUACAUAAAAUCCUGACUGGUUGGAAGCCCAGUGUCCAUCCUCUAGGUUACAUCAUUCCGAGUCAUGUGACAGAGGAGAUGCUUUGGGAAUGUAAACAGCUUGGUGCACAUUCGCCAUGGACUUUGUUAACAACUCUGAUGUACUUUAACACAAAGUGUUUUCGCCUGCUAACACCUGAACAGCACCUGAAGGUGGCCUUCUCUAAGGUCUUAAGACACACGAGGAAGAACCCCACCAAUACGAAGGACAAAGCAACUACUAUCCGCCUUCUGAAAGGGCAAAGUUCACAUAAAGGACCAGAUGACUUAUAUGAUGAGCAGAUCGAGGAUCCAGAGAAUCCACUUCGUUGUCCCAUCAAACUUUAUGACUUUUAUCUUUUCAAAUGCCCUCAAAGUGUCAAAGGUCGUAAUGACACGUACUACAUGACCCCUGAGGCCGUUGUCGCGCCCAACAGUCCCAUGUGGUAUUCGUCUCAGCCCCUCACGAGUAAGCAAGUGGAGCAAACGCUGGCGCGCAUCUUAGUGGUCAGAGAGAUCCAGGAGAUCACCGGCGCCGGUUCCGAGAGUUAAAAAGAAAGAGCUGACAUAAAGCGAGAGCAAGAUUGUACAAUUCCAUCACUGAUUGUUGACUCUGCUCCCCUGCCCUUGGCUCAAUAAACUUGCCGUCUCAACAAUCAAAUGAAGAACCCAAUGAAUGAGUUGUUGAAGACUGACUGAGAAAACAUGUCCUUUUAAAGUUUUCAGACUCAAACUAAAUUUCUGGUCGAUAUCAGGAAUGUUAAGACUGGACUAGGGGGUAAAUGGAAACUGCUCUGGUUUAAAGUAUUUUCAAGAUGAGGGUAUUUAACCGUUUGCUCUUUAACCUCAUACUUUUUGUUACCAUGCCAACCUCCUAGCAGGGACCACUGCUCACCUUUUUUUGUAUUGUGUUGAUAUGUACAAAGAUGACCUUGUGCCUGUUUUCAAAGUGUUUGAUCUAAGUCGUCUCAAGGUAAAGUGCUACAUUGUAGUCUUUCGGGAGACUAGAAACUUUCUCAGGUCAAAGGUUGUGAUUGAGAGACUCAUAAAAAACAUUUUCAACAUCUUUGUGUACAGAUGAUUAAAUACAAAUGGACAGUCCUUACA